AGAGCGGCGCGGAGCGGAGAGGCAGCCCGGUGAUUUUCCACUGCCGCUGAUGCCUCUCCUCAAAGCCCCCGUCUCGAUACAAAGGUCAGAGCGAGCCGAGCUUAUAAUAGGCGAGCGACGCGUGCGGAUCUCGCAGUCUGUCGCGCGGACACGGUACGGACACGAGCACGAAGAAUCGAUGAAAAAUUUACAAACAAGGGACUUCACUUUGUAAGGACGAUAAAAGGACAAAAUCAACAGACAUCGCAUCAACUCAGAAUGUCUCAGAAGGAGAAGCUGCAGUGCCUGAAGGACUUCCACAAGGACACGCUGAAGCCGUCUCCAGGGAAGAGUCCAGGCACCAGGCCCGAGGACGAGGCUGAGGGGAAACACCCCCAGAGGGAGAAAUGGGCCAGCAAACUGGACUUUGUCCUGUCUGUGGCCGGGGGAUUCGUGGGCUUAGGCAACGUGUGGCGCUUCCCCUACCUCUGCUACAAGAACGGCGGAGGUGCAUUCCUCAUCCCCUACUUCAUCUUCCUGUUUGGUGGAGGGCUGCCGGUCUUCUUCUUGGAGGUGGCCCUGGGACAGUUCACCUCCGAGGGGGGCAUCACCUGCUGGGAGAAGCUCUGCCCCAUCUUCACCGGGAUUGGUUAUGCCUCCAUCGUGAUCGUGUCUCUGCUCAACAUCUACUACAUUGUCAUCCUGGCCUGGGGAGUCUACUAUCUGUUCCAGUGUUUCCAGAAGGAGCUGCCCUGGGCUCGCUGUAACCACCCCUGGAACACCGAGCGCUGCAUCGAGGACACGUAUCGAAAGAACAAAACCCUGUGGAUGGCCGCCAACGCCACCAGCCUCUCCAACUUCACCUCCCCCGUCACCGAGUUCUGGGAACACAACGUACUGGGAAUCACCAGUGGGAUUGAGGACAUUGGUCAGAUCAAAUGGGACCUGGCCCUGUGCCUGCUGCUGGUCUGGGUCAUCUGCUUCUUCUGCAUCUGGAAGGGGGUCAAGUCCACUGGAAAGGUGGUCUACUUCACUGCCACGUUCCCCUUUGUGAUGCUGAUCGUGCUCUUGAUCCGUGGAGUGACUUUGCCCGGUGCUGCCGAAGGAAUCAAGUUUUACCUGUACCCCGACCUCAACCGCCUCAAGGACCCGGAGGUCUGGAUUGACGCGGGCACCCAAAUCUUCUUCUCCUACGCCAUCUGCCUGGGUGCCAUGACCUCUCUCGGGAGCUACAACAAGUACAAAUACAACUGCUACAGGGACUGUUUGCUGCUGGGAGCCCUCAACAGUGGUACCAGUUUUGUGUCUGGAUUCGCAAUAUUUUCCGUCCUGGGCUUCAUGGCACAAGAGCAAGGGGUGGACAUUGCUGAUGUGGCAGAGUCAGGUCCCGGGCUGGCGUUCAUAGCGUACCCCAAGGCAGUCACCAUGAUGCCUUUCCCAACUCUAUGGGCUGUCCUAUUUUUUAUAAUGCUGCUGCUGCUUGGCCUCGACAGUCAGUUUGUGGAGGUGGAAGGGCAGAUCACUUCUCUGGUCGAUCUGUAUCCGUCCUUCCUAAGGAAGGGUUACCGCAGAGAGGUCUUCAUCGCUAUACUCUGCUGCAUCAGUUACCUGCUCGGACUCACCAUGGUCACCAAGGGUGGCAUGUACGUGUUCCAGCUGUUCGACUACUAUGCAGCCAGCGGUGUGUGCCUUCUGUGGGUGGCAUUCUUUGAAUGCGUUGCUGUUGCCUGGGUUUAUGGCGUUGAUAAUUUCUAUGAUGCCGUUGAGGACAUGAUUGGCUACAGACCAAACCCAUGGAUGAAAUGGAGCUGGACCGUCUUCACUCCUCUGCUCUGUGUGGGCUGCUUCAUUUUCUCCUUGGUCAAAUAUAAGCCAUUGACGUACAAUAAGGUCUACCAGUACCCGGACUGGGCCAUCGGUCUGGGCUGGACUCUGGCUCUGGCCUCCAUGAUCUGCAUCCCCAUGGUGGUGGUCAUCAAGAUCAUCCGCUCUGACGGGCCGCUCAUCGAGAGGAUCAAGGCGGUGGCAGCCCCAGUGCGCGGAGGUGCCAGCUCUCGUCCCGCUGGUCACCGUGGUCUGAAGGAGCUCAACUACCCCCUGGACCCCAACAUGAACAAGGGCCUUCUGCUCAAGGCCCCCAGCCACACCAUCGUCGAAACCAUGAUGUAGACCUGCCCACCCGACCGCUAGGGGGCGCUCUCCGUGAGAAAACCCCUCCUCUGUCCUCUUCGCUUUCGGAGCUAGCUUUGUCUUUCUGUCUGUCUGUUCGUCUGGUGGACUCAAAAGGGUUUAGGGAAAAAAAAAAAAAGAUCAAGCUGUUUAGGAAAUUGUGAAAUCGGGAAAGUAGUAGUAGAUGAUGUAAGCCUGGCCAGUCAGACCUACAAGUUUUCAUGGAUUUUGUUGAAACUCUUACCAAAAAUAUCCAACCGUGCAAAAUUAAAGGUGCACUGUGUAACUUUUUGGUUGUUUCUAUGGAUCUGUGGUCAUUAGUCUACCUGGAAUGUUCCACAGUGUGACAUUAAACAGCUCUACCUAACAUUUAUUCAAUUACAAGUGGUUUUAUAGCUCAAAAAUCGCUAUAAACAGACAUUCUGACUGUGGGCGGCAUCGCCUCUCCACAGAUCUGACCUGUAAACCUGCCACCUACUUGUAUCCAUGGAGAUAUAUACGUUUUGUGCUAUACUUUAGGAACACUUUAGGCUAACAUCUCCAUGGAAACAAGCAGGCAGCAGACCCUCCACUAGAAAAAUUACACAAUGCCCCUUUAAGUAAGCACAACAGUUGACACUAACUUUACAUUGUUGCUGAGCUAGCAACAAUGCGUUGACAUUUUUAAAUUUUUUUUAGUUUAAAAAAAUUAUUCUAAUAGCAGUUAUCAUUAGCCAUAAGCAUCGCAAAAUAAAUCCAGAUCCUGUUUGAACAUUGUUGAGUCAUACCCUUUUAUUUAGAACUGAUUUAUUAAAACAACAACAACAACAAUUAGCAAAUGAGCUAACGGCUACAUAUUCAUUACAGAGAGUUUGAUUUUGAUUUGGCUUGUACGAUUUAUUUUUAGAGGCUACCAACCCUCGUCUGUGGCUUUAUUUAUUUUUCAUUUUUGACCUUCCUUAAAGUCCUUUUCGAAUCUGUUUCCAAAUCCGUAGAAAAUGAGUAAGUACGUCUGGCCAGGCUUGGACUUUCUUGAUGAAAAGGGUACCAGUCACAUUUCAAAUCUAUUUCUAUCUGAAGUUGCCCCUCUUUCAAACGUUCUUGCGAUUAAAUCUAUAGCACUUAGUUUUAUGGACUAAACGGUGAAAUUACACCAGCCGAGAAACUUGAAACCUCUUUUUAAAUAUCACGUCUAACAAACUUGUGCCAUAAGGUUUUCCCAUUUAAUUUAUUACCAGUUUACAACAAACUUAAGCACUACAAAUGCUUUAUGAAGACUUAUUUUUCUUGACCAACGUUUGGAAUAGUUAAAUAUUCAAAGACGUGAAGCUGGAGCUAAUUCCGCUUUUGGAUUUUUUGCCACAGCUGUAUGUUGAUAAAAAUUUAAAAAAAAUAAUAAAGUAUUUUCCACUGGCGUAGUACAAAGAAAUGCUGCAGCCACAGAUCUGAAUGUAUGAAGACAUAAUCAUAAUUUCAAAGCCAUGAAAAUUCCAUUCUUUUGGGACCACGAAAAGGCUAAACCGAAGUGUAUGUCUGAAUUAAAAGUAGGGGUGUAACGGUACACAAAAAUCAUGGUUCGGUACAUACCUCGGUUUUGAGGUCACGGUUUGGUUCAUUUUUGGGACAGUAUGGGAACAAAAUGCUAAACCAUUUGCUUGUUGUUUAUUUGUGUUUUUAUUAAACCAACUAUUUGUCUUAACAUUAUACAAACUGGAAAAUAAAAUAAAUGCAAAGUGCUGCUUGGUAAUACUAAUAAGUUAAAUAAAAUAUUCUCAAAUAAGCAACACAUGUAUGAAAUAUUAUAAAAAAUAAUUUCCUUGUAAACAGUAAACACAAAGUAAAGUGCAGAACUAACAGUCCCAGCUUGAAGUUUUACUCAAUCUUCAUAUUUUUGGUGAGAAAAAAACAACUUGCCCAUAUUGUCGGAGGGACGUAAUCAAGGUGGGGGGCAAUUGUUGUCAAGGUGGUCGCCCUAACUAUAAAGCGCCAUGGGAAACACUUCCACCCCAAUCACGGACAAAUUCCCUCGUGAAUAUUAAAGAGCCGAGCCUUUCCUGUACCUGCACAUGUAGAGGAGGAAUGUAAACACACACUAAUUGCGUGAACUCAGUCAUGCACUGAACCGAACGUCCUGUACCGAAACACUUCAGCACGAAUACAUGUACCGUUACGCCCCUAAUUAAAAGGGUUUUUAGUAUUCAGUAAAUGAGAAUUCCAUUAUAAGUGUCGAUCAAAUCCUAAACAUAAGCUAAUUCAGUGUUUUGACGAGCAUUUGACGAGUAUAACUUCCAGCCUCGAUUAGCUUCAUUUGACUGGAGCCGAAUGGUAUGGCUGACGUCCACUUAUAUGUACGGUCUAUGAUUCCAGCGUAACAGCUUUUGUGCAGCUUUAGCUUAAAUAUGCUACUGAUAUUGAAAAGCACAUUCUUAGGUAGUUGGUUACGAAAGGUUAACAACUCACCUGAAAAGCACCAAAACGCUCGCAUGUAGAAACAACGAGGACCACAGAAAGGCUGCUACGCGUCGCUCGCUUACGUCCUUAGAAAAUGAAAACCCUACAUUAGUUGAGACAUAUUCCUUCGAAGUAAAAGCCCUGACUGAAGCUGGUUCUUGAUCGCACCUUAGCACAAUCUGCCAUAGCCUUAUAGCACUGUACUUGGUCUAUGGUUUUCGGACUAGACUAAAACUGAAUUUGAAUGGUCGUCUGAAAGGAUUUGAAGUGUGGAGGUCCAACCCUUGAGUAUAGGUUAAUUGUGAUGUACUGUAUUGUAGUAGCUUAACAGUCAAUAUAUCUAUUUUGUCUAUAUAUUUCUCUGCCCUAGACCAAUUUACAAUAUAGGCUUUUCCUUUGCGGCUUACAACUUUGGACAUUAUUAUUACUAUGACAACUACUUUUGUCCUCUUUCAAUGUUUAGACUUUUAUAUUAAGACUAUAAUGUUAUUGGUAUUCACUAUUGAUGAUAUUGCUGUAGUUUGCAUUUAACGAAGGUCUUUUAUUUUGAAGUGCAUUUGUAGAGGCAGCCCGCCGGCUACUUUUCAAAGUAAGAGUCAAAAGAACGAACGCUGGAAAAGCGCCGGCGGUCGUGUCUAUAAAUGUGUGGGGUAAAGUUUGAACACUUUUGUUUUCUGUAUAUACCGACACUCAGUAUUUUUUAAUUUGAAGGGCACUUAUUCACAUGUCUACAAAAAAAUAGAUGCCCGUUUAUAGUGGCUGCUAUUUGGUUUGACACUGUUUGGAUAAAUUGGUCCGGACGCCGUGUUGUGAAAGACUUUGAAAGAUUAAAAACACAACAAAUAUAUAUAAAAACAUUCACUUGAAGUGCACUAUGUCACUUCUAAGCUGGAGGGUCUGCUACUUGCUUGUCUCCAUGGAGAUGGUAUUUCUUUGCAUAGAAUCUUCUGCAGUAGGGCAUUAACACAUAUUCACCUUGCAUUUAAUGUUCAAUUACCGUAUUUGGAUGAUAAGUCGCUCCGGAGUAUAAGUCGCACCAGCCAAAAAAUGAGUAACGAAGAAGAAAAAAACAUUUAAGUCACACUGGACUAUAAGUUGCACUUUUUGGGGGAAAUUUAUUUUAUAAAAUCAGAGACCAGGAACCGACAUUUCAUGUUGACAGGCAAAUUAUAGCAAUAACAAUAGAACAACAGACUGUUAACAUCACAUAUGAACAGUUCUUCAGAUAACUAUAACAUAAACAAUAGAACAGAACAAGUUUACCAAACUCUCCAUCUCACUCCAAAUCACUAAAUCCACUGAAUUCUUCAUCCUCUCUGGAGGUAAACAAAGUGCCGCUCCCUCGUCAGACUCAGCAUCAGUUCCAGUUAGGAUUAUUCCGGCCUUUCUGAAAUCCAGUAGGAUGGUUUCGGUUGUCAAUGAAGUCACUUAAAUGUUAAAUUUUCAGUGGUACAGAAGGAAUGGUGCGAUCGACUGACAUGAUACAGACAGGACAGAGGCAGCAGCAGAUACUGAUACACAAGCCUAGAGUGACAAUUUUAAUAUAUAAAUCAUGCCGGAGUAUAAAACGCAGGACCACGGAAACCAUGAAAAAAAGUAUGACUUAUAGUCCAAAAAACACGGUAUUUGUUCAGUUUUACAGCUGAAAAACACCUUAAAAACCAUGAAUCGUCACCAUGUAGCUCUGACCAUUAACCUGCCUUCAUUGCAAUUACCAAGUUUAUUUCAAUACUGUGGAAUAAGACCAAACUGUAAGAGAGACAAGCAGGUGGUGGACCCUCCACGACAAAAGUUAUCCAGUGCACCUUCAAAUCUAUUCUUUCAAGAUGAAUUUUGGCCUGUCAAAUCCCUACAGCUUUUCACGAAUCACGACAAAGUAUUUUUAAGUUUGUUAAUGUUAACAACGCAUCAAUUUCAUUUAUAUUCAAUCGUAUUAAAGCUACAUUUACAGACAUUUGCACUUAUAACAGAUACACUUAAGUUGAUUGCGGUUAACACCAAACUAUACUGUAUAAUGUCUAAUAAAAAUCCAACAAGGCCGUUAUUCGAAAUCAAUUGUCCAAACAGUGUCAUAACAAAAGUUGACUGUACCCAAAAUCUGUCUGAGCCCUAAUACUCCUAUCACAACUGCCUAUAUGUACUAGUAAUUUAUAUACAUUCAUUUUUAUAUCUCUUUAUAACAAAUAACUUUUCCAUUUGCCUAAUCGUCACCAGCCCAUCUCUCAGGAGCUCCUCUCUUGUGCUUUCGUAUAUUAUCUACUGUACCGGGAUGAAAAAGUACUUCUACUGCCCCCGAUUUUGGCGUAAAGUAAAUGUACGGAGAGUUGAUUUUAUUGUUGCACCUUAUUUGUACGAUUGGGAUUCAUAUCAGAGGCCAGAUACACUGCCAUCGUGAGAAAAAAUCAGGGUCCUUCGCAUGUAAAAUCGGUUUUAAAAAUGUGAUUCAAGAGCACACGGAAUCAUCGCGACCAAUUGAAAGAGAAAUUUUUCAUAUCAUUACUAAGUACAAACAUAUUCAUUUUUUUCAUAAUAGGUUGUGUGUGUUUAUGCUAAGCGCCAUUGCAUUCUUCCUUACUACAUACGCGUUGUUUUUUGUUUGUUCGUUUGUUUGUUUGUUUUAAAUACAGCUUAAAGUUUAUCUUAAAAGAUCUGCGCACAAAAUUUAAACCAAUAAAGACUUAAAUUUUUAACAAUAAAAACAAUUUGGCCAGACAUUAGCAGUUAGCAUUGACGCUAAUUCGGGCGCGCUGAAUGAGCUAGCAAGCUAAAAUAGCAUUACAUAACAUUUGCUAUGAUAACUUUUCAUAAAUUUAACAGCUUUUCGAUUAAAUAUUCUCUUUAACAUUCAUUUCAGUACAUUUUGAUCAAUUUGUUUUGAUCAAACUAGCUUGGAAAAGUCAUAAAGCAAGUAUUAUUCAGCUAGCUAACAAACCAGAGACUCUAAGCAUUCUGGGAAACGCAGUCCUUCAGCAAAACGGGGUCAAAAGCUUGUGCUAAGAUCUCUUAAUAUGAACCACAAGCCACAUAUCUUAACACAUUAUGCAGUAAUACAUGCAAAGUUGUAUUUCAUGUAUUUUAUAACUUUUGCCUUUCUACACUCCCCCGUCCGUUAACCUAAACCUGUUUUUGAUUUGUUUAAAGCAUUAGCAAACAUGCACAUGAAUGUUGAAAUGUGAAAGUAACCUUUGGGUUAUUUUUUAGCCUGAUAAAAGCUUUUUUUUUUUUUUUUUUUAAUGUUUUAAUUAUUUUGUUCGGGUCAUUUUGUGUUGUCAUUUAUAAGUGUGUGUCUUUUUCGCAUUUGCCUUUUGUAUUCCAAAUAUUUGUACCUCUUUCAUUGGACUGUCAAUCAAAAAACGAAAAAAACUGCGACUUGUAUGUGCAAUACUUUGUAGAAAACUUUAAUUUUUAUGCUGGUUAUUCCAAAGUGGUACUUUAUAAUUAAGCUUGUGAAGAAUUUGAACGAUCAGGGUCCAGCUGAAGUAGGCAACAAAUUGCUCCAAAUUGUGACAAAGAAACCAAAACAGAACCACUACAGCAAAUAUUGUGGUUUGAAUGCACUGAAAAUAAACCAUCAAACUGAAUUUACAACUAUGAUUUAUUUUUUCUGAGACUUUUAUUUUGAAAUGCAAAAACACUGCCACUAAGCCCACAAUGUCGUACAGCUGCAUAUCAUCAAGUCGCUUCAGCUAUGACGCUACAAAAGAGAAGUUUUCCCCAAAGCCAGCUAACAUCAUCCCAUCGCUACCAUGUCCAACUUCGAAGCAAAACUAGAAUGUUCCGCAGUAUGGCAUUAAAGGGGGACUAAGCACAUAAACUCCACCCACAACUGCAUUUCAAAUAGAGCUGCUAAACUGGGGCAGUAAAAAAGUGAGAGGAGAGGCGGGGCGGAGUCUGGACGUAUAAGGAUCACUGUGACUGUUCUAACAGUUAUUGACACUUUAAAAUCCGCCCCUGCAGCCAGAUAUUUGUAAUCAGAAACCCAUGGCUGUAAUCAGGGCAGUCCUACGUAAUGUCACAUAGUACCUGAAAUUGCUUUUUUUUUUUUUUUUUUUUUUUUACCAGAAACCUACAAAUGUACCUGUGUUGCACUAAAAAUGCUUAACACUGCCUAAGAACAGUGGAUAAUGCUAUUAAAACACCAUUAUACUGUAUUUUUUGGACUAUAAGGUGCACCAGAUUAUAAGGCGCAAUAUCAGUAAUCUUGAAUUCUCUCAUCUAUUUUCAUACAUAAGGCGCACUGGAUUAUAAGACGCAUUAAGCGAAACAAAUAGACGACAAUUGAGACUGAUCCCUUAGCUCAGGCGUCCACGAUCUAUCAACAGAUCGUGGCGUAAUUCACCCGGCGUUGCCUCCCUGUCUUGGUGAAUCUGUAUUAUUGGAUUUUUAUUUUCUAUAAGGAGGACUCAAAUAUACAUUGAGUAAUAAUGUGUUUAAUGCAGCUUUGCUCACAUUUGUUUACGUUUUACAGAAACGAAACUUAAAACCACACGGCUCAUUUGCGUAAACUAUAAGCACUGAAAAAAACAGCUCCCUCCUUGCGCGCAGAUGUGGUCAGCUUCUGUCGAACUAAAGGACACGACUCAGUGGAAUGAAUGUGUUUUAAUUCUGCGACAAGGCAACGGCGGCAGUGUGCGUUGUGUCGACGCAGAACUAUACUUCACCCUUUACUCCACGAGGCUCCUGACUACAGUAGCUGUAAUGCUCCGACAAUCCAUCAAGCGGUGGGGCUUCGUAGUUUACCAAAGUCGUACUAAAACAUUUUGACAGAUUUUUGAGCGCCGUGUACCACAUAAAAUCGGUUCGAGGUCAGUAAGCACAACCAGAAUUAAUACAUAAGACGCAAUGUCAAUUUUUGAGAAAAUUAAAGGAUUUUAAGCGCGCUUUAUAGUCCAAAAAAUACGGUAUACAGUUUAGUAGCAAAACAACUGGAUUUAGCCUUUAGUCCCAUAGUAAAAACAAUUACUUUUAUUCAUUGACAGGUGUUUUAUUGCUAUAAGAAUCACCUUGAAAAAUUAAACAGGAACCAGUUAAUGCAAUACUGCGGAACAUUCCGGCCAAAUAAACAACAUUGUAUUCCUUGUGUACUCAUAGAACCAGAGUUACAUUUUAACUAACUAUUUGAAUCGGCUGAAAAUAGCAAACAAAACAAAAACAAAACAAAAAACAUGGCUGCCUUGGUGAAAACUGAUCUCUUCUCAUAUCACCAUCCUAACUUUCCCAUAAUUCAUUUCCAUACAUCCAUAUUGAGAACACUGCUGCCUUAGAGCAUUAACAACCGCAGACUUGAGUUUCAAAAUUUCAUAAUUCAAAACUGCCUCUAAUCUUUUCAAACUUGUAAUACAAUUUUUGGUAUAUUUUCCAUUUAUAUUGUACAAUUAUAUUCUUACAUGCAUUUCUAUGGACGUUUCAUCAAUUUUAACAACAUUAGUUACUCAGAGAACCAUAGUUACAACCAUAGUUACAGAUUCUCCUUGCUAGGGAUUGUGGGAAAUUGAGUCCUGCUGUUAAUUAUAUGGAAAGUCCUUCCUUGUAAAGCUGUAUACCAGUCAAUCCUUUUGGAGAAUGUAAAAUGGGGAAAUGUUUUUAAUUCUUGUUGAAAACAUUUUUAAUUGAAAGGUUUUUUAUUUUAUUUUAAUGGCCAACUUGUAAGCUACAAAAAAGAAAAUCAAAAAAUACAAUGUGUGUUUGAACAGGUUUAACAAAGAUGUAAACCUUUUUUAUUUGAUAAUAAAACUGUCUUCAUGAAAUA